AUGGGGAGGGCAUUCGUUUAUGUGAUACUCGGGGGAGGCGUCACUGCGGGGUACGCGGCGCUGGAAUUCACCAGGAAGGGGGUUCAGCCCGGGGAGCUCUGCAUCAUCUCCGAGGAAUCUGUGAGUCUCGUCCUCCGCUCUCAGACAUGUUCCUGUUCGUCGAAAAAACCUGAGAACCAAUCUUUUUUUCGCGUUGUUUCUUUUUAGCUGAUUUGCAUUGAUCUCUUUUUCUUCUUGGUCUGAUCUCUGUAUGGAAUACAUUGUGGAGUCCAAAAUGGUGUUCCUGUGUGUUGUUCUCGAUUCAGAAACGACCGUCAGCCUUUUGUAUUGUAAUUUCUCUAGGAUGCGCGCCUCUUGCCGGCCAAUUGAUUGUAGACGACUUCACAAAAAACAAUGAUUCCAGUAAACUAUAUCACGAUCUGGAGCUCCGCAUGUAGUUGUAUGGAUGACGUAUAGAAAAACAAUAAUUCAUAACAUCUUUCGAUCACUGUGCUGGGCAGCUAUAUCGGAUAUUUGGACUAGUUUCAAAGUAUGACGUCGGCUUUCAUGGUAAACUCUGUGUCCUGUGCUUUUCAAAAUCUUCAUUUAAGAUGUUUUCCAGUUACAAGCUGAGAUCAGUUUUCUCCAGAAAAUUUUAAAGACUGGUUGUAAUUUGAUCGGAGAACUUAGUGCGCUGAGGAAAUUUUUCAUCUGAAUUAAUCAAUUUUGGUGAGCAUCCUAGAUCGUAUCUUGGUCAACCAGAUAGGACGCUCUUUCCCUCAUAAAUUAGAAGGGAAAAAUUAAGAUCAGUGCCAAGUAUUCCCUGAAAGAUUUCCCAUCUGAUGAAAACUAUGCCUCAACUGAGAACUGGUACAUUACUUAUUUGAAUGCCAACUUUAAGGUAACCAGCUAACUAAAUGUAACCAAGUUUUAUAUAUUAUCCUUUCUCAAGCUUUUCAUACUGGUUCAAUUUGUUGUUGCACUAUUCAUCAUAUCUGUAGGAAAACUGGGCCAUCAGUCGAUGGAAUGUGUAGCCCAGAGUCUGCACGAAGAGUUGAUGUUUAUCAGCAAGGUGGCUAUCAAGUUGAACCAGAAUGAAAUGGACUUAUCAAAAUAUGCCAGAGAUGAGGCCGUUGGAGAAUUCUUGCAUAGGAAUCUAAUAUGCUUGUUUAAAAUUCUGAGAAAACAAGCUUCGUAUGUAUUUUUUAUUUUUUAUUUUAAAUUCUUCCUCAAGCAUUUUUAUGGUUUAAACAUCAUAUACAGGUAGCGCCUUAUGAGAGGCCUGCUCUGAGCAAAGGAUACUUACUGCCUGAAGGUUUGUUUUACAUUCCAAGUAUCAAACCUGAAUCUGAUCUUAUAUUCAAGUAGUUUAUAUAGAUAGUCACAUUCUGAAGAGAGAUAAUUUGCUGUUCCAUUAUAACGCAGUUCUCAUGAAAUAUGCUCUUAUGAUUAUUAUAUGUGGAACUAUAGGUUCCAUUUUUUCUGUCUGGAAUUUCUUGUGAAGUCAUUUUUCAUCAGUUAUUUACAUAAAAUUGCAUGAGCCUUAGAUAAAAACACUUAUCCGAACCCUACUAGAACUUGAGUUUCAGGUCGGAUCAUUUCUACAUUUUCCCUUCUUGCAUCGCCAUUAUUAUCCCAAUGUAGCCUUAUCCUACCAGGGUCUUCAUGGGACUGUUUCUCUGUUUCUCUCUCUGAUGCCAAUGUCCCACGUAAAUUUUACCAACUGGAUGGUAAGUAAAGAAUCACUAUAAUGACUUUUCUAUAGGUGGUUAUAAAAGCAUGUGAAAUAUCUCUUAAAUUUUAAAAUUAAAAAUUAAAUACAAAAAAUAUAAUAAAAUUAGAAAUGAGACAUUUAUCCAAUGCUUUAUCCUUUUUAUGUCCAUAUGGAAAAACUAUAUGGUGCUUCCUUCAAAAUUAUUCCCCUGACAUCUUGGUUUUCUAAGAUUCUUUCACUAUUCCUCCACAGCUCCUGCACGGCUUCCAGCAUUUCACACUUGUGUUGGUGCUAUUGAUGAGAGGUUGACACCAAAAUGGUACAAGGAACAUGGUAAUAUUUUUUGGUUUCGAAAUUGGAUCUACGUUAUUCUAUUAUUCUUUAUGGGCAAUAUUUAAUAUUUUUGUGAAAUAGACGGUAAUAUUUUUUGAGGGUUAUCUUCUGUACGUCAAAAUGAAAUAUUAUAUGUUUUCAUAAUAUUUCAUCCUUAAGCGGAAUCUUAUUUCGUAUGCCAUUUCUUUCCCGCAUGACAAAACUGGAAUAUAAUAUCUAUCGCGCUUGCCUUUUCUUAAGGCUCCAUAAGUUUAUUCGUGUUCACUAUAAUAAUAUCUAUCAGUAAAAUCGGCAGUAUUGAAACCAAGAAUAUAUGUGGAGGAUCUGGAAGUUCGUUAUAGGUUAUUGGAUUGUAGACUAAGAGAAAGAUGUUGGAUAGUAGGAUGAACAAUCUGAAGUGAUAAGUACGAGGUGAAGUGGAGUUUAAGCUUCCAUCGUAUCGAUUUUGGGAGAUACCCAUCUUUUCCAAUUAAUUUUGCUGAUAAAUCCAGAACAGGAGAAUAUGGUAACGAUGACAGUUAUCUGAGUUAUCAUGCUUGGGCAUUAUACCUUUCAAUGAUGGAUGAUUUCAAAAGUAUUUGGUCCUUAGUAAUGUAAAUUAAUGGAGAAUUUUGGGUAAUCUUUUCAAUUGGUGACAGAAAUAGAAUGAAAUUUACAAGAAUUAAUGCUCUCAGUGGCUUUGCCCUGUUCUCGUGACAAAUUCUUAAUCUGGCUUAAUCAUUUUUCCUGAUCUGUAGAAACUUUCUAUAAGGUGUGAGAGUUUCUCCCCGUCGCAGGUCCUUCCUGUAGAAGUUUAAAGGAUGAGCAUGCUGAAUCCUCUGCAGGCCCUUCCUGUCUUGUCUUAAUGUGCCUUCAGGACCAAAGGUGUAGCUAUUGAUCAGUAGAUAAUCAUGUAGCUUCAGGGCCCAAACUUUGUUUCGGCUUUGCACAAAAAUGAGAUGUGUGGCAUAUUUUUUUCUUUCUCUUGGGAAGUCCUAUUCCGCCUCCAUACAUCCUGGUCCAAAUUCAAUCUUUGCCUUUUGAGCAUCUCCUUUAAGUCCUACCCUUCGUCAAUCUCUAUCUUCAGCAACUCCACUUGGGAGAUACAAGUUACAGUUGCCUUGAAGACUGCUUUGGUCUUUCUUUGAUUUGAUAAAACCCCCAACUAGAAAUCAAGAGUCAGGAAUUGUGACAAAGGCACUGUCUCUUUGACUUUGGAUCGUGAAUGGACGGAAUAAUUGAAAACGGACGUGGAGGAAGUUUUUAAAAUUUAUGUAUUAUUCAUCCCAUGGAGUACGUUGAACUCUAUGGACUUCAGUAUGUAUGGAGCAUCCAACCAUGUUUUACAUGAUUUCUUUUAUCCCUCGGUUUUUGACUUGAAUAUCGAUAGAAUGAAACCAUUUCUUCUAGGAAGUAAUUUUUUCACAAAUGUACAUGCUGGAUCUCAUUAUAAUGUGUUACUUCUCUCAUUGAAAAAUGCUUCUUAGCAUAGAGGCAUUUUCUUCAGUAAAGCUGGAACUUGUAUAAUUUAAGCUCCUGCCUAUGGUGUUCCAAAACAGCUGGUGAAAUUCUCAGCACGAUCAUAGUUGUUGUAUAUGUUUUCUAAAUGGCUUGCUUGAUCCCACUCCCACAGUGACGAACGGUAAAAAGGGUAACUAUAGAAAAAUGAAAUGAAAUAGAAAUUAUUAUCAUCUACUUAUUUCGUCCUCAAUAACUGCCCUCAUUUUAUUUUGUCCAUUUUCUUCAUUGCCUUUUCUAUCCCAAACCAUGUGCUUCUAUGCUGAUGGCAUCAGAAUCAGUCAGACUCCCUUGCAGGGUUUCAAAAUGUUAGUAUUAGGCUGAGUCACAUAGCGUAACCUAAUUACCCCUUUUUAAAUGAUAGAAUAGACCAAUCUUGAGAUGCAUAUUUUUUCAUGUAACCAUUUGCUGGUGCUCUGUAUAACGUGAUGCACAUAUACACAAUGAACCCUUGGUGAUAGGAGGCUUAUUUGCACCGGUUUAUAGAACUAUAACCUGAUCUCCAUGUUUUGAGAGACAAAAUUCAUCAACUUUUGUAGUCUUGCCGUGUGCUUGUGGAUUUUCAGUCAUUUCUUAUGCUGUUGAAAAUAGAGAAAAAACCUCAUCACGAAGGACAAAGGGGAGAACGGCAGAAACCGCCUCAAGAUUCAUUCAACUGUAACCCCCAUUAUAUAGGGAGUAACGAUACACAACUUUUACCAAAACGCCCUCAACUAAUUACACUAUUUCCCUACGACCUAGAACUUCCAACAUAUGCAAUCCUUUGGAUUUCGUUUGGGAGAUCAAACUUUUCAAUGUGUCAGCAUAGGAGUCGUUAUUACUGUAUUGUCUUUUGAUGUUCUUCAGUUCACAUGAAAUGCGUCAUCGUUGACCAGGUUUUUCAUCAUUUUCACAAAAAGUGAUCUAUCUUUUCCUUUCUCGUGAAUCGAACCAUAAGGCAUUGGUCCCUUUCUUUUACAGGCAUUGAACUUGUUCUUGGAACUCGUGUGAAGGCUGCUGACCUGAGGCGGAAGACCUUACUUACGGCCACUGGAGAAACCAUCAGUUAUAAGACUCUAAUCAUCGCAACAGGUGCUCGGGUAGUGUAUCAGGCCUUGAUAUUCACAUAUUUCCACUCACUAUUAUGCAAAAGUAAUAUCAUCAGCGUCUAAAGUCCACCUGUUGCAUAUGCAGGCCCUGAAGCUUGAGGAGUUUGGGAUAAGAGGUGCAGGAGCCGAAAAUAUUUGCUACUUACGCAGCUUGUCUGAUGCAAACAAGCUCGUCGAUGUCAUGAAAGCUUCCUCUGGUGGGCACGCUGUUGUCAUCGGUGGAGGUUACAUAGGCAUGGAGUGUGCCGCAGCACUGGUCACAAAUCGUAUCAGGGUUACAAUGGUCUUCCCUGAAGCCCAUUGCAGUAAUCCCUGAACCAUAAGUUUGCAUUUUUUCCUAUUUUUUAAAAUAAUUUAAUAAUUCAUUUUUUUGGUUUUUUUCCGAUCUAGUAAACCAUAAUUGCAUGAUAUUGAAAAAAAAUUGUCUCAUGAACAGUGGCACGUCUAUUCACACCCAAGAUUGCUGAUUUCUACGAGGAGUACUAUGAAUCCAAGGGGGUAAACUUCAUCAAAGGAACUGUGCUGGCAUCUUUUGAGAAUAAUUCAGAUGGCAAGGUAGGUGAUGAUGAUGAUGCCUUUUUGCAUGUCCGUCAAUCUGUUCUUAAUUCUUUCAGAAAUACUUGUAGAAUAUGGACUUUAGAUUGAGUAUGUGAUCAUCACCAUGACGGACUAUGGAAAUAUUUGGAGUAGAAAGCGCAACAAAUCUUUGAUUAUUUCAAGCUAACUUGAUAUCUAUGAUCCUCUCUAUGAAAAAAAAAAACUCAUUUCCCUUGUUUAGGAUUUUCUCUCUCCUUUACAAGGCAUGGGCAUCAUCUGAGUGGUCGUAUUUUUUGUUGACCAGGUGAUGGCAGUGAUUCUAAGAGAUGGGACCCGCGUUCCCACAGACAUGGUCGUCGUCGGUAUCGGCAUCACUCCCAACACCAGCCUGUUCGAGGGUCAGUUGACCAUGGACAAAGGCGGCAUCAAAGUCAACGGUCAGAUGCAGACGAGCAACAGCUCCGUCUACGCCGUCGGCGACGUGGCCGCCUUCCCUGUCAAGCUCUUCGGCGGCGGCGUCCGCCGGCUGGAGCAUGUUGACUCUGCCCGGCAGACGGCGAGGCACGCCGUCUCCGCCAUAAUGGAGCCUGGGAAGACCAGAGAAUUUGACUAUCUGCCCUUCUUCUACUCCCGAGUCUUCGGGUUAUCCUGGCAGUUCUAUGGAGACAACAGAGGGGAGGUCGUCCACUACGGCGACUUCGCUGGCGCGAGGUUUGGCGCGUACUGGGUUGACCGUGGCCGAGUUGUGGGGGCCUUCCUCGAGGGCGGAGACAGGGAGGAGUAUGAGGCCAUAGCGAAGGUAAUCAGGCUGAAGAUAGAAGUCAAAGACCUGGCCGAGCUGGAGACACAGGGCCUCAAUUUUGCUGUCCAGGUCAACCAGCAGGGCCUCCCAGACGGCGGCAGGAUUCUUCUCGAGAAACCCAUCUACACGUGGCACGCGACGGCGGGCGUCGUCGUGGCUGUUUCGGUCGCCGCCGUCGCCUACUUUUACGGUCGACGCCGCAAGAUACUGUGA